AUGUUCAUUAAAAAAAAAUUAAAUUUAAAUGAACUUGAUUAUGAAAAUAUGGAAAUUCCUAACAAUACCUUGAAAGAGCCGAAUAUUUGUGAUAAUGAUCUUGGGUCAGAAGGUGAAAAAGACUUUGUAAUUAAAGUCUUACGCAAGCACGAAGCUACACUAACCUUAGAUGAAAAGAAAAAGUAG